CCUCCCUAAUAUCGCGCAUCAUGCAUUCCUGAAAUGCCCAACUGCAACGGCAACGAAUAACGAAAAUUCAGUGAAAAAGCAGAGGCCGUAGUCGUGACAACCGCAAGAGUCGAAACCAUGGCGGCGGCGGCAGCUGAUGAGUCGUCAUCGUUUUGUUCAUCCUCUAUCUUCUCCCAGAAAAGCACCAGGCUUCCUGAUGACACCGUCUUCUACGCCAUUUUUCCCGACUUCGUACUCGACCCCACUACUCCCAACGACCUCUCCUCUCUACAAUCCCUCCACCUUCAAAUCAUUCAAUUUCUUUCCCCCUUCACCACCGAUUACAUCUGGCAGCAUGAGCCCUUCACCCUCACCCCCUCUUCAACCCCCAGGUCUUCUUGUGUCUGCUCCUCUGACCUCCCUCACCUCCACGGCAAGGUUCGUUUCGGCGACAACCUCGAGGACGAGUGGUUCACCGUCUUCCUUCUCUUCCAAAUCUGUCUUCACUUUCCCUCGCUCUCCAUCAGAGUCUGGGACACUGACGGCGAGUUCUUGCUCAUCGAAGCAGCAUUCCAUCUCCCUCGUUGGGUUAACCCAGACAAUAGCCUGAAUCGCGUCUUCCUUCGCCAAGGUGACCUUCAUAUAGUUCCGCGUAAUCGGCUUUCAAGCCCGAGUUUAGCUGAUUCGUUGAAAUUUUUGGUCGGCUGUGGAGUCGAAUCGAGGGCGUCAGAGUCGGUUCAGAGGGCGGUUAAAAAAAAGAUUUCAGAUUACCCGGAUAGAGCUAGGAGGAAUAUGCAUAGGGUUAGGGUCAGGGUUCCGGUUUCAGUCGCCCAAGUUUUGAAGCAGGAGCCUUGCAUGAUUUCGCUUGCUGUGGAGGGCUUUUAUGACAGGGAUAUUGAUACCAUGAAGUUUGCGGCGACCAUGGAGAAAUUCUUGGGCAGAGGGAAAGACGAAGAAUUGGUAUGUGUUUCUGUGAAGAUGUCUAGGGCAAUGUAUGCACAAUUAGUGCAGCAAACGUUUCAAGCGCCAAAAUGUUAUCCAAUGCCGAGCAGGAGCGACUUGUCAGUGUACAUGGAAGCAGAGUUGGGCAUGAAAAUAGCUUGUGGGCUUGAGAUGAUGUAUCAGCAGCGCAAGCGUGAUGGAGUAGAAGGGAGAGGGAGCACGUGGGAGGCAUUUAAACAGGCUUUGGAGAGGAGUGGUUAUUUCCAAGGGCUGCUACCAGGUUCCAAAGAGUAUCAGAGGUUAAUGCAAAAUGCUGAGGAGUAUUAUAGAAGCAGUUCUGUGUACUCCAGAGUCAGUGACUUGCUGAGUGCUCCUGUGAGACGCAUUGAUGAAAUCCUUGCUUUACCACAUUCAGUGGAUGAUUUUAAGGAUCAGGAGGUCCCUCCAUCUGAUGAUGAUUCAUGGCUCUAUGGUGGAGAGGAAGAGUUGAACUCUGUUCUUCUUGAAAGACAAAAGGAGAUGGAACUUUAUGACCUAAAACAUAAGAAGAAAGGGAAGGGGAAAGAGCAGCAAGAGGAGGGUCUAUCAUCUGGUUCUAAUGCUAGAGAGUUUAAUCCUGCUGAUAUAACAAAUACUAUGCAGGCUUUUGUCCACAAAGUGUCAAGCUACAAAGGAGCUGAAGCUCCUGAAAGCAUGAAUAAGGAAGUGGACCUGGAUGUGGACCAAUUCAUUAAGGACAUGGAAUCAGUAAUGAAGCACCAAGGAGUUAAAGAUGAUGACAGUGAUGUUGAAGAGGGCUCCUCAUCUGAAGUGGACUUCGAUGAUUCUGAUGAGAGCGAUAUGGCUGAACCUGACAAUGAAGAUGGUGGAGAUACAUUCAUGCAGUCCUAUUCUGAUGCAAUGAGUGAAGAGCUGAAGGCAACCACUCUGGGAAGAAGUUUUGUUCGUGCUAAUGAACAAAUUCCCAAGAAGGAUGAGCAGGGAACAUCGAAUACCGUGGAAAAUAUGGAUGAAGAUUUUUCUCCAGUUGAUGUGGAUCUGAAUUUGGUAAAAAGCUUUCUGGAUUCCUUUUCUUCCCAACAAGGACUCCCAGGCCCUGCAUCGAAUUUACUUGGCCUCAUGGGGGUGCAGUUCCCACAAGAUGACAACAAGGGGAAAUGAAAUUACUUGAAUAAUUUAGUCCAAGAUUUUGGGGAUGCUUCAACAAUACAAUCUAGAUAGCAUGUUUCAUCAUCUUGUUUCUCAAGCUCUUACCAUGCAGGCAGGGAUCUGCUUGAUUGAUUCUAUAGAGAAAAUCCCAGCCGUGAUGUAGAACAAUGAUACUGGUUUUAAUUCCUUGAGUAAAGAAGCGUGUUAUGACAGAAUUUGCUUUUGCAAAAAGCAAGGCAAUCAUUUGCUGCAGUGUUGAUCUUAGCUAUAUUAUGGAAAAAAGGCAAUACAGUCAUCUGCUGGAAUUUGAUCUGACCUAUUUGAUAACAGCAAACUUUGUCGCCAGUUUACCCGCAUAUUCAUACUCUCCAAGUACACUCACUAGUCCCCACGCGGGGGAUUUGAAGUGCUGUUGCGGUGUACUGUUGGUAUGUUUUAUUGUCAGUUAAGAUGUGGUUGGUUGCUGUGAAGUUCGUAUUCUUCAUUGUCAGCCGCCUGCGGUUGAUCAUGCCUGUGAGAUGUACAAUUUUGAUGUCAGAAAGACAAUGUAGAAGCUUAUUAUAUUGAGGUUCUUUUAUUGUAAAACAUCAUGUAUUUCAUUGUUUUCUUUUUAAAAUCAGUAAGAAGUUUAAUUGCAAUUUUAGGUCA